AUGGAGGAAACCCGGGAGAAAAUAGCCCGCGGCCUAACAACUCUGAGGUCCUUCUUGGAUGGCAAAAGCUCCACGCCCCCAAUAUCCACUCUCCGUAUACAAGCCAAGGAGCUCGAGACCACGCAUGUAAAAAUGUACCGGAGGGAAGUUCUCGGUCUCUCCGCACUCACAGGAUGUCACCCUCAACUUACAACUGGCGCCUGGGCGGGAUAUUACAAAAAGAGAGACGAGGAGGACAUGUUGCGCAGGCAGGGUCUUGUAGUAGAAGAAGAAGAAGUAGAGGAAGAAGAGGAAGAAGCAGAAGUAAUCGAAGAUCCAGCAGACGAAGGUGACGAAAAUUGCGACGUUCAGCAACUCAUGAAGAAGAAACUUGACAGGCAGAAGAAAUACACAUGGCCACAACCGCCUAUGUACGCAGAUUAUAUGGAAACAAAGCUGGAUCAGCCGCUUAUCCAGCUCAUUCCCGAACCGCUCGAAUUGCUAGACACUAUUGAUCCCGUAGUACCCACUGGCAUAGAUGCGGAGUACGGCAGAACUGUGCAUCCCAUAAGGAUAAAAGACGCUGAGGAGGCUUUGGAUAUGGAACACUAUGCUACUUUUGCGGCAGGUGAGUUUUUGGCUGAGAUGUAUCAGGAGCCCAUUGAAGGAUUGAAGCAUUGGACGAUCCGAGAGGCUUUUACGUUUGCUGAGGAUAACGAAACUUGA